AUGGAAUGUGUGCCGAGGUUGACAGCCUUCUCUUGUACGUUCUGCUUCCUGCUAGCAGAACGUCAUGGUCUCAGCUCGCACCCUUCCCUGGAGACUAAGGAGAGCAGCCUUGCGCAUUUACCAUCUCAAAAUGUGCUCUCCUCUUCGUCUUCCGCCGCCGGUCCCGCCUACACCAGUCUCGUGAGCUCCAGAGCCCUGCGCGAGCUGCGCCUUUAUAGUUGCCUUAACGUUUCAACUGCUGUUAUUCGGGCUGGGCUCCAAGCCAGCGGAGCCAUGUUCCUUCUUCUGGUCUUUCUCACCGGACUUGGCCAGGUGCACGCAGGCCUCAAUUCUCAUAAAACAUUUUUGCAGACCACAGUUCCUGAGAAGAUUUCAUCAUCUGACAACAAGAAAGAUGCAGAGAAUAAUGUUGCUUAUAUCAUUACAAUAGAAGGAAAACAUUAUUUAGUCCAUCUCACAAAGCAAUCAUUUUUAUCUUCAGGUUCUGUUGUUUCUUCUUAUGAUGAAAAUGACACCCUACAUUCUAAGCCUUUAAUAGUUCAGAUGGAUUGCAACUAUCAAGGAUAUGUUGCAGGUUUUCCAAAUUCCCUUGUGACACUCAACACUUGUUCAGGACUCAGGGGAAUAUUGCAGUUUGAAAACAUCUCAUAUGGAAUUGAACCAAUGGAGGCCAUAUCAGGAUUUGUGCAUUUGAUUUAUGAAGAAAAAAAUGAGAACAUUAAUAUUCCUCUCUUAGGAAACAAUGACAUUUAUGCUUGGUCUAAUAAUUCACAGAAUCAAGUCAGAAAAAGUUCAAGGAGAAUUGAAUCUUCCAAGAUAACUCCUCAAUAUCUUGAAAUGCAUAUUCUCGUGGAUAAAAAUUUGUUUGAUUACAUGGGCUCUGACAUAAACGUUGUUACACAGAAGGUUAUUCUGAUAAUUGGCCUUGUUAAUGCUAUGCUAAUCCAGUUAAAACUGACUGUCAUAAUAUCUUCCAUAGAAAUCUGGUCAAAUAAAAACAAGAUAUCUACUACAGGGCAACCUGAUCAUGUAUUACUUAGAUUGCUAGAAUGGGAAAGCAAGUAUCUUGUACUUCAACCUCAUCAUAUCACAUUCUUGUUUGUCUUUAGAAAGUAUCCUAGUUUUAUAGGAACCACAUUUCCUGGAAAAUUGUGUAACAAAAAUUAUGCUAAAGGAGUUGCUUUGUAUUCAGAGGGUUUAUCCUUGGAGUCAUUUGCUGUUAUUAUUGUGCAGUUACUUGGCCUUAAUCUGGGAUUAACUUAUGACAAUAACAUUGACAGCUGCCAGUGUUCAGUCGAUGUGUGCACAAUGACGCCAAAAGCAGUGCAUUUUGGAGGUGUAAAAGAUUUUAGCAUCUGUAGCUUGGAUGACUUUAAAUAUAUUGUUUCACAAUCUGGCCUUCAGUGUCUUCAGAAUCACCAUACUGAUAUGCCAGUUUACAAAGCACCAGGCAGAGUAUGUGGCAAUGGAGUGUUGGAAACUGGUGAACAAUGUGAUUGUGGCACUAUAGCGACUUGCACACAUAAACGAUGUUGUGAUCCUAGAACAUGUUCAUUGAAAAAAGGUAUGAUAUGUGGUUCUGGAUCAUGCUGUACACAGGAUUGCAAGAUAAAACCAGCUGGUACACUUUGCAGGGAAUCAAUUGAUAAAGAAUGUGAUUUUGUUGAAUAUUGCAAUGGAAUUAACGGUCUCUGUGUGCCAGACACUUACGCACGCAAUGGACAGUCUUGUGAUUCAGGAGAUGGCUUCUGUUAUAAUGCAGUAUGUCGGUCAUUUAAUAAACAGUGUCAAUCAUUAAUUGGAGGAGCUUCUACAGGUGGUCCUUUUGAUUGUUUUGAGGAUAUAAAUUCCAGAAGUGAUAGAUAUGGAAACUGUGGUGAUAGACAUUGUACAUUUAGUAAUCUUCUAUGUGGAAAACUAGUUUGUUCGUGGCCACACAAAAGAUUAAUAGUACGUGCAAAUUUAUCUGUGAUUUAUACACAUAUACGAAAUGAAACAUGUGUAUCUACAUUUCGAGCCAUAGAGAAGCCACCUAGAACGGGUCGUGUUUCAGUCACAACAUAUUUCGAUGCCGACGACAGAGAUGAGACAUUUGUAGAAGAUGGCACCCCAUGUGGCCCUGAUAUGUUUUGUAUCAGAUUUUCCUGUAAAGAGACUCGUUUCUUUAUGGAUUCUAAGGCAUGCAAUUCUAUUGUACAUUGCAACAAGAGUGGAACUUGCAAUAAUUUUAACCAUUGCCAUUGUCAUAAGGGCUUUGUUCCUCCUAACUGCACAAUAAUGAAAGGAGAGUUUGGAAGUGUUGAUGAUGGACACAAAUUUAAAACUGGUUAG